AUGGGUGCGACAUUUGUGGAUGAAACUGUUAUGAAAAUCAAUUUGAUUAAAGAAAGAUUGAAAGCUGCACAAGAUAGGAAACAGAAGUAUUACAAUCAGAAGCACAUGUUCGUUGAAUUUCAGAUUGGUGACUUUGUGUAUGUCAAAGUCAGUCCGAUGAAAAGUGUCAGCAGAUUUGAAAGAGUGAGCAAGCUCAGUCCAAGGUAUGUCGGACAUUUUGAGAUUAUUGAAAGAAUUGGAAAGUCUGUUUAUAGAUUGUCGUUAUCCGAUCAGCUGUCUGAUGUGCAUAAUGUUUUCCACGUAUCCUCUUUGAGAAAGUGGAUAUCUGAUUCUGACAAGAAAGUGUCUCCUGAUGAGGUUGAGAUUCAGGAGAAUCUGCAGUACAAAGAAGAACCUGAGAAAAUUUUGGCUUAUGAUGUGCGGAAACUGAGAAGUAAAUAG